GUCCUUCAGAAGCUUGGGAAAGCCGAUGAAACAAAAGAUGAGCAGUUUGAACAGUGCGUGCAGAAUUUCAACAAACAGCUGUCCGAAGGCACAAGGCUGCAGAAGGACCUCCGAACUUACUUGGCUUCCGUAAAAGCCAUGCACGAGGCCUCCAAGAAGCUGACAGAGUGUUUGCAGGAAGUUUAUGAGCCGGAUUGGCCUGGGAGAGAUGACACAAAUAAAAUAGCAGAGAACAAUGAUCUCCUCUGGACGGAUUUCCAUCAGAAGCUGGUGGAUCAGGCACUUCUGACCAUGGAUACGUACCUUGGCCAAUUUCCAGAUAUUAAAUCUCGUAUAGCAAAGCGAGGAAGGAAGCUUGUGGAUUACGACAGUGCCAGACACCAUUUUGAAGCCCUGCAAACUGCAAAGAAGAAGGAUGAAACCAAAAUCGCAAAGGCUGAAGAGGAGUUAGUAAAGGCUCAGAAGGUGUUUGAAGAGAUGAACGUUGAUCUGCAGGAGGAGCUGCCCUCACUAUGGAAUAGUCGUGUUGGUUUCUAUGUCAACACAUUCCAGAGUAUAGCAGGCCUAGAAGAGAACUUCCAUAAAGAAAUGAGCAAGUUGAACCAAAACCUCCAUGAUGUCCUGCUGGGUCUAGACAAGCAGUACUCAGGCAAUGCCUUCCCUGUUAAAGCACAGCCCAGAAAGAAAACUAAACUGUUCGCCAGGCUGAGGAAAAAGAUGAGCAGGUACCGUGACAGCACCCCAGCGAAAGCAAAUAAAAGCCCCUCGCCUCCACCAGAUGGAUCUCCCAUCACCAGCCCUGAGACCAAGACUGUCAACCAUGAGCUGGAACCGUCCACUUUGGAAGCGCCUGGGGCAAGCAUCCCAAAGUCACCAUCUCAGCCUGCAGAAGCAGCCCAUGCAGGAGCUGAAGCAGCUGGAUCAGAAGCAGCAGCUGGAGCUGAAGCAUCUAAAACUGAAGCUGAUUCAGGAUCGAGCUCUCUACCUGCUGUCGUUGUGGAAACUUUCCCUGCUACCAUCAAUGGCACUGUGGAAGGAGGCGCUUCAUCUGAAAGAGCUGACAUGCCCCCAGGAUUUCUGUUCAAGGUCCAGGCCAUGCAUGAUUACACGGCCACUGACAGCGAUGAGCUGCAGCUGAAGGCUGGGGACGUGGUGCUUGUGAUUCCAUUUGAGAACCCUGAGGAGCAGCUGGAUGUGGGUGCAACAGCCAUGAACUCGAGACUCUCCAAGCUGCAGAGGGAUGAAGGAUGGCUGAUGGGUGUGAAGGAGUCUGACUGGAUCCAGCAUAAGGAACUUGACCACUGCCGAGGGGUUUUCCCAGAGAAUUUCACAGAGCGAGUGCAGUGAAAGCCCAAGCCCACCAGCCACAUUUCUGCUGGAAGAAAGCAAAUAUUCUGGUAGAUAAUUGAAAAAGAACGGCGAAAUGAAGAGAGAAUUUUAAAGGAACAGAAGCCUGGAAAAAAAGUCAACUUAAAGGGUGUGUUCUUCUCAAAGGGCAAGGUUUCAGAAGUAAAUUGAAAUUCAAAGUGUUAUCAAAAUAUAUACAUACUACUACUAAUAAGGCAAGUCAAAUACCCUCUUCCCCCUUUGGUUUUAACAGCAUUUGGAUUCAGAGGACUCAUGCAGAAGCAACUGGGUGUGGUUCUCUAAAUACCGCAUUGACUGAAUUGGCGAGAUGUCAGUCUGAUCCCUGGAAAGGCAGUAUUUGUCUAAUGGCUUGAGAGUAGAAGCUGCGUUUGCUCUUGGGUGGGUUCAUCUGUUUUGUCUUGAAGGUGGCUUGCAUGGCAACUGUAAAAAUUCAGCCUUCCCUACAUGUUCAACCUACAGUAGGCCAAACUUUCUGUUAUGCUGUUGAAAAAAAUAUUUAGUGUACAGCGUUCACCAAUACAAUGUAUGUGUGUGUGU